CAAAGAAAAGAAAAAAAAAUUAUCGAAAGGCCAUAGAUUUAUAUUUUAGACACAGAUUUGGGAUCAGCUCGUCAAACGAUGACCUCAUCAAGCCAAUCAGAGCGCGAGUCGCGCGCCAGCGUGUUGUGUCUAUGGUUCCCAUAGGAUGGUUCCAGUAUAUGGUUAAGAUACAUGUGUGUGACGGAAGUGAAUGACAUGAGUUGAUCCUCAUUUUCGAUCAACAAGGACCAUGACCUCCACCGACCAAGACCGAGAGUCACUUCAGGGUCAGAAACACUACUUGUGUGGUUCUAUCUCAGCGUUCGCCAACAUUGUCAUCACGUUUCCCAUACACAAGGCUCUGUUCCGCCAGCAGUUGUUCGGAGUGCAGACGAGGGAAGCGGUGCGCCAGCUCCAGAGGGAUGGUUUGCACACGCUGUACCGCGGCAUCCUGCCACCUUUACUGCAGAAAAGCAGCACUAUAGCAAUUAUGUUUGGCCUCUAUGAGGACUUCUCCAGGUUGUUGCGGCUACACGCUCCUCAAGCCCCCGUCCUGUUAACGGACGGCAUCGCAGCAGUUUUGGCGGGAACAGCGGAAGCAGUCUUAACACCUUUCGAGAGGGUCCAAACUCUCCUGCAGGACCCGCGUCAUCAUGGAAACUUUCAGAACACUGCGCAUAUUUUUCGUGUUUUGCUUCAACAACACGGCGUCCGAGAGCUUUACCGUGGCCUUGUUCCAAUCCUACUCAGAAAUGGCCCUAGCAAUGUUUUUUUCUUUGGCUUGCGUGGACCGAUGAAGGAACUGCUCCCCGAAGCCGAGACAAAGGCAGGGCACUUGGUUAAUGACUUUGUAUGUGGAGGGAUUCUGGGAGCGGGUCUCGGGGUGGUGUUUUACCCUCUAAAUGUAGUUAAGUCUCACGCACAAGUACAGAUUGGAGGGGAGUUUCAGUCCUGCAGGGUGAUACUGGCAAACGUUUUGAGAGAGAGGGACGGGAAGGUGAGCCGUCUGUUUCGUGGCGUGCAUCUGAACUUCCAGAGAUCUGUUUUCUCAUGGGGAAUCAUAAAUGCUACAUAUGAACUUUUACUGAAAAUGCUCUGAUUGAGAUGAGCCUGAAAAAAAGGGGGAAUUCAAGUGAAAAGCAUCAGUGAUUCAGAGGAAAGAGUAGAAUAAGUCUUCCUCAUUCUAUUUCUGCUGCUAAAAACUCGGCACAUGUUUACUUCAAGUGCUAUGUUAACUCAAAAGAUGAAAACUGUUUUAAUUUCUUCAUCGUCAAGGCUAACUGAAAAUACAAAUGGAAAUGUUUGAUUUGAUCAUUUUAGCAAUAUAUUUUCUAUUUGGAAUGGUAUUUAAACAAUUAAUAUGGGACGCAUAAUGUUUGGAGUUGGCGAGAUUUUUUUUAAUGCAAUAGUCAAAUUGUAUUGUAAUAGUCAAAUAUUAUUACAAUUUAUUUACAAAAAUGGAAUUCAUUCCUCUGAUAUCAAAGCUGAAUUUUUAUUUUCAGCUUGUCUUUAGUGUCACAUGAUUCUUGUUCACAUGAUGUUGAAAACAGUUAUGUUGUUCAGUUUUAAGUGGAAACAAGGAUUCUUAGAUGACUUUUAAAGUUCAAAAGAAUAGCAUGUUUUUGAAAUAGAAAACCGUUGUAACAUUACAUGAGUCUUUAUUGUCAUGUGUGAUCAGUUGAAAUGGAUCCUUGCUGAAUAAAAAUAUGAAUUCUUAAAAAAAUGUGACGAAACCCAAAACAUUUGAAUGGUAUAAUAUGUAAUUUAAAAGAAAUUAGUAUAUUUUUUUAUGAUUACAGUUAAUCAGACACCUAACAGAGGACCCAUGAAAAAGUUGUCUUAGCGAAUGGAAUGGUUCUGUCGAGGCCAAAAUCUUCUACAUAAAUAAAUAACUGGAUCACCUGAUUCAUUUUCAAAAAUUCACUUUUUAUGUCCCGUAGAAGAAAGUAAGCAACUUUCUGUUUUAGCUGAACUAUCCCUUUAAUUCAUCAUCUGACUGAAUGAGUUUUAUGAAUUUGAUUAAAGAUUGAAUUGGCUCACUCAUGAGAAGAAGCGAGGGUUUAGAGACCUCUUCGACCUCAGCUCACUCAGUGUAUCCUCAGAUAUGUUCCCAGUAUUCUGUUUUCGAUACUGAUUUCUGUGGUCUUUUAACCACUGAGUCUUCAAAUCACUAAGUAUGUCAUUACAAGGGUGGGAAUGAUCAGGAGCACAGUUUACACUGCCACUGUUCUUUCCCACCAACUUUAUAUAGUUUUGCUGAGUUCACUUUGGCGUCACCUUUGGGUUCCAGUCCAAGCAUUGAUUAGUCAUCUGGAAACCAACAAACGAGAGUCAGUUUGGUGUUUGUGGUCUCUAGCCUUCAUGUGGUAACAGAAUCAUCCCAUCUGAACCAGAAAUCUUCAUGCUUUUAGCGCCCACUGAAGCUAACAGAUUAUUUCAGUGACAUAAGCAAUGAUUUGGUCAUGUUUGGUUCAUGUUUCUCAUGCACUAAAAGCUUCUUUGUGUUUGAAUCACUCCCAAAUAUACUGAGAUUUUAAGAAGGUGAGACCACAGACCCCAGUUGACAAUGUGCCAAGGUGCACUUUGGAUGAUACUGUUUGUCUCUGUAAAUGUAAAGUUUGUGCUCCAUUUACUUCCAUUUACACUACCAUUCUGGAGUCUGAAAGAUUUUUUAAAAAUACAAGACUGCAUUUAUUUGGUCAUAAAUACAGUAAAAACCAUAAUUUAAAAGAACAGUUUUCUAUUUUAUAUUUUCAAAUGUAGUUUAUUCCUGUGAUGCAAAGAUGAUUUUGAUUCCAGUCUUCAGUGCCACAUGAUAAUUCAGAAACCUUUCUAGAAUGCUGAUUUGCUACUCAAAGAACAUAAACGGUUGUGCUACAUAAUAGUGCAUAUUUUGUGAAACCCCUAAUAAGUAGAAAGUUUAAAAGAACAGCACUUACUUGCUAUAAAAAUCUUUGUAAUGUUAAUAAAGGCCUUUACGGUCGCUUUUGAGCGAUGAAUGCAGUUCCUAAAUAAAAAUAUUAAUUCAUUUCAAAAAGAAAAUCUUACUGACCCCAAACUUUUGAAUGAUAGUGCAUAUGCAUUCAAAAUAAAUGCACACGCUUUACUGCAUACUAAUCAUGAAGUUUAACUUGAAUUUAAACAUUCUGAAAAGUCAUUUGACCAACAAGAGUGUAAACUUGAAUAAACUCUACUUGAGUUGAGCACAUGCAAACUUAGACUAUUAUAAACUUAAGUUAAUAACUGAUAUAAUAAAAAAAUAAACCUUGAACUUUUUAAGCUGUUUAAAAGAGCUCCAUGUGCACCAAAAAAAUGAAUUUUUAAUAAAAAGGAUUAUUUACCUCUUUUAUUUACCUCAACUAUCACGAAGUCAAGUUAAUAUUUAGAUAUUCAUGUUAGAACUGGUUUAAAUGUUGUUCAUGUGUCAGACUUUUUACGAGACAGCAUUAUUUUACCUGCUUACGAUGUUUACAGUUGCACCUUUUUGUUGCAUUUUACAGUUUUUUCCCCCCAUGUUUCUCCUGACCUCAGUUUGUUUUGCCUCAUGCCUUUUAUUGUCAUCUUAAGCCUUUCUAAAUGUAGCUGUUUUAUUAAAAAUGUUGUUGUAUGUAAUUAAGUGUUUGAGCCAUUUUAUUGUGUUCAGUAUUUGAAUAUAUCUGUUAUAAGUAAAGACUUUGUAUGGGUUUGUGUGUUUAUUAAAUUUAGAAAAAACAUUGUUACUAUGUAAAUAUAUCAUAAAAUAUAAUUAAAACAUACUAAAUAAAAUGUAAAGCUUUACUUA